AUGCCCGUCCUGGUCCUAGUAGACAGGGCCACGUGUCUCACGCAGGGGCAUCUGCAGGGCCUGUGGCUUUGCAAGGCUAACACCAAGGAAGUGGGUGUGCAGGUGAGCCCGUGGGUGGACAAGUCCGUGCAGUGCUCCCUGGGGCCUCGCACCUUGCGCAGCCGCUCCCCUUGGGGCCGUGCAGGCCACAGGGCACCCCUGCCAGCUUGGGGAGUCUACUCGCCAGUGAUAGGCCGCAGGGGCUUGAUCAGUCUUCGGAAGGAUGGGGAAGAGGAGGAGAGGAAGGUGCUCUCAGGUCCUGCAGAGGCCAGCCCGCAGCAGCCACUAUCACCACCAGCCAAGUCGGGAGGGAACAGCCAGGAGGAACUCAAGCAGCACGAGGAGCUGGCGGAGGAAGAUGGCUCGAGUCCUCAGGAAAGGAAGAGCAAGCAGGCCCGGGCAGACGCCGCCGAUCUGCUCAGGAAACCCUGCUUCCAGUUUUUGGAACCAAAAUGUGGUUAUUUUCACUGUAAAGAUUGUAAGACCAGAUGGGAGAGUGCUUAUGUGUGGCGCAUUUCUGGAACUAAUAAGGUUUAUUUCAAACAACUCUGCUGCAAAUGCCACAAGAUUUUUAACCCUUAUCGAGUAGAAGCAAUCCAAUGUCAGACCUGUUCAAAGUCUCGUUGUUCCUGUCCUCAAAAGAAAAGACACAUUGAUCUAAGGAGGCCUCAUCGACAGGAACUGUGUGGUCGCUGCAAAGACAAGAGUUUCUCCUGUGGCAAUAUUUACAGCUUUAAAUACAUUGUGUGACAAGCAGUAUGACUUGUACAGGAUACCCAAACUCUUCUUGUGACUUACUGUACUGUUCCUCUUUUGCCAUUUAGCUCUGACCUGGUAUUG